AUUUAACUUCUUGCCUUUGGUCGGUCUCAGUUUUAGGUCCGUCUGCACACUCUUUGGAGAUUUUUUUGUUGUUGUUUUCAGAGACGGACAACAGAAUGCAGAUCAAUCUUUAAAGUUCCCCUUUUAAAAAAAAGACUAGAUCAUAUCCGGGGUUGGUUUAUUCUAAUCUGUAUCGCUAUUACCCGGAAAAAACGAGACCUUGCGCGUUUUGCCUCUCAUACACGUUCACAAAAUGUGAAAUAAAAACAUCAAGGCUUUGUUUGGUCAACAAAUACGGAAUGGUAACUUGUUUAGUUUUUUUUUAUAAUCAGUGGAAGUAAGUGAAUUUUGCACUUCAGAAACUUUUCCCCAUAUCGCAGUUGGGGUAAUGAGAGAGAGAGCCAGGAAUGCCUUAUGUGGAUCGACAGAAGCGUGUCUGCGGCUUUUUGGAUAUUGAAGAAAAUGAGAACAGCAACAAGUUCCAGAGGAGGUACUUCAUACUGGACACACAGGUCAACUCUCUGCUUUGGUACAUGGACAACCCACAGAAUUUGCCCUGUGGAACAGAGCCCGUGGGGAAUCUUCAGUUGCAAUACAUCUCCAAGGUCAGCGAAGCCACAGUAAAACAGAAACCGAAGGCUGAAUUCUGCUUUGUGAUCAAUGCCUUAUCUAGACGCUAUUUCCUUCAAGCCAAUGAUCCUGACGAUUUGAGGAAUUGGGUGGAGGCUUUGAAUAAAGCUACAAAGAUUACAGUACCAAAACCUGGGAGCAUUCCACAAACUGCAGAAAUUACUAGAGUGGCAACAGAUCUCCAGCCAAAGAAACAGCAGGCCUACAAGACAGAGAUAAUUGGAGGAGUGGUGGUACACACCCCUAUCAUCCAGAAUGAAGGAGAGGAGAUGGAUUUGGGGGAGGGUCUUCCCCAUGGCAGCACGAGGAGACCAGCUCCCUCCUCUGCUGGAGUCAGACCAGGAGUUGUCAAGUCUGGUUACUGCGUCAAACAAGGAAAUGUGAGGAAAAGCUGGAAAAGGAGGUUCUUUACUUUGGAUAACAGUUCUGUCAGUUAUUUUAAAUGUGAAACGGACAAGGAUCCCCUUCGCUCAAUCCUCUUGAAGGAUAUUCAGAAAGUGCAUGAAUGCCUUGUCAAAUCAGGAGAGCUGCUAAUGAGGGACAACCUAUUUGAAAUCAUAACUAGCUCUAGAGUGUUCUAUAUCCAGACCUACACUCCAGAGGACAUGCAUGGCUGGAUUAAGGCUAUCUCUGGGGCAAUCCAAGCCCUAAGAGGACCUGUAAAGGAUUCAGGUUUCACUCGUUCCUCCUCGCUGUAUAGGUACCAGAGUGGCGGUGCCCGCGGCUGGCAAGGCCGGGAAGACAAGAAGGCACCUCUUGUCAAGUCCAGCUCGGUGGCGCCAUCUUGGCAGCCCUGGACACCGGUGCCUUCUGCAGUCAGCAAAGCCAGCCCAGAGAUGACGUCUGUGGAGGAAGUAACAGGCCAGUUCAGCUCUCUGCCCACUGUGCACAAGGGAGAGAGCGAGGACCAGGACUCGCUGGGCAAACGCCGGCGGCAUCGCUCCCAGCCACAGCCACCCAGUGAAAAGAUCUUCCCCUUCAACGUCGACGACGAUGGCAUUCGUACCACCGACGUGUAGCCCGAGGCUCGCAGGGGGUUGACCCCUAUAAUGUUGUGAGGGAGGAAUCAGAAAGAAGGUAGAGCCUACCCUCCAUCAGGAAAUCUCAGAAGUUCGCUUGGCUAAGAGGGUGGCAAAAUAGACUGAUUCACAAGUGGCAAAUCCUGACGCAGGAACUGAGCUUUUUUAUUUCUUUUUUAAUCGCCUCUAUACUGAUACAAUGUAAAACAAAAACCUGGUUUGGCCGCUAAAACAGCAAAUUUUCCUUUCCCAUCAUGCAACCUGAGAAAGCGUACUUUUAAAAAUCUUAAGUUUGUUUUCCUUUACAGAGCUUAAGUUUUUUUUUUUAAUGUAAAUGCGAUUUCUGGCUUUGCUUUCAACAGACGAUUGCGACAUCAGCCCGACAAAGACACAAACACGGCAUUAAAGAAUUUGACAUACAGUACAUAGCUCCAGCAAACUCAUGUGUGGCAGCAUCGAGCUUGACGUAAAGGCUGAGCUAGAGCAGUUCAUUUAUUUAUUAAGGUACAGCAGAAAAGCGAGGCUUCAUGGUACCUAAUCAUAACUGGUUUGUCCUUUUUUCCCAUUUUGAGCACUAAAUUUAAGAUUCUCUUUUAUGAACUUGAUACUUCAAGUGAAAAAGGCAUAUCCAGCAGCCAGCUAGGGUGCCCUAAUGUACAGAAGGCGUUCAUUGGUUAAGUUAAUGAACCUGGGAGAACUGAAAGUUUAAGAGCUGCUAAGCUAUUUUUAUAUACUUCUUUUUCAUGUAAACAUGUUGAAGAAAUAACUGUUAUCCGUAUACCUGUAACUUUUCUCUUUAAGGUACGUGUGAAAAUAAACAGGAAAAACUUUAAUUAAAAAGUAUGGCUAUGUUUUUAAUUUAAUUCCAUGACGCAUAACAAUUGCGAUUUCAUUUAAAUCCCAAUGUGGGCAUGCCAGAAUUCUAUUUUAUGUCAAAAUCAAGAUAGAAUCAGCCAAACUUAAUUUCCUUGAUUUUUGUUUUACUAUUUCAUUUUUUAAAAACCUUGGAAUCAUCCUAUAAGAAUGGAUUGGUACAUAAAAUACAGAGGCAGGGAAAAUACUACUUCUGACAGACACCUAUUUUUAGGAUAUUUAACUGGGCGAAUUAUCUCAGUCAUGAGGCUGAGGUUCAGCGUACCUCAGUCAACAAAACAUAUCAUGUUUUUUCUUUAGUCCAAUUUCUAGUAUGUGGCGUCUUGUUUCCUGUAGCCACUGCACAUUAGCAAUGUUAAUUAUGUUUAGUAUAUGCUGGACAUGUUUAGUAUUUCCAUGGUACAAUAAAGACCGCUAUCGUGCUUGAACAUGGUUGGUAUUUUACAAGAUCCUCUCAUGCUGAAUUAAACAACGAGCCAAAUGGUACUUAAAAAACUUUCAAAAGGAGUACAGUAUUGAUGCCUGCUUUUGCACAUACAGUAGUACACACCUGAGUUUUCUGUUCUGUAAAUGAUACUAGCUAUUACCAUGCAUUCAUAGUAUUACCUUACAUCUAAAGCUCUGGUUUUGACUUUAGAAAACUGACAACUAUGAAUAAACAGCCUUUUGGUUUCCAUAUUAUAUUCUGGUUCUGUAAGUUCAGUGUUGGAUUUUUUUUAGUGUGACUAAAGAUGGUCUACUCCCUUUUCUCUUUUCAUUCAUUCAAUACACAUUAAUGCAUCUCGAAAACUUAAUUCCUCUUCUUUAACCCGUCUUAGUGUUCCUAUUAUCAGUCUGAAGCGUAUUGUACCAUAACAUUGGACCAUAAUCUCUUUUGUGUUCAAGAAAGCAAAAAGUGGGCCUGUCUACCUACUCCAUAAUCAUCAUGUCAUUGUCUUUUUAGAAUUAGAAAUAAGAUAAUGAAAUGAAGGAAGUUUUUAUUUAUAGAUUAGUAGACUCAAAAUAUCAAUGUAUACAAAAGUGAAAUCGUUUACAAGCUUACUGUACAUAAAAAAACAGUUAAAUAAAAUGGGUCUUUUUAUUUGAGCACUUUUGCUAAAUUUGAUCACUCCUUUUCUGUUUAUAGUAUGGAGCUAUACAGCAUUCUCCUUCCACUUAUGGAAAAAUAAACUGUACUAGCCUUGUGUGCAGCAAACAUCUUUGUACUUUUUAAAAUUUAGGUAAUAUUGUCAACUUGAGCUAUCAGGAAACAUUGCUCACACACAUUUAAAUGUUGUAAAUUGUUACAUUUCUUAUUUUCAAUUUGCUCUUCAUUUUGUGCAUUUUUGUAAAGCAAGUAUGAUAAUGAAAAAGUUCAAUAUUCUUGCCUUCCUGAAUGUACAGUAUCUAGUGAACUCCCCAGUAACCUUGAAGUGUGAUGUUAUAUGGUUUUGUGCUUUGCUGUGUUUUUCUAAUACAUCUUAAUGAAUUUAACUCUUUCGCUACAGUACAAUGUACAGAAAUUGAACAAUGUGAAAACAUUAAAGCUUCCUGUGUUCUUUAA